AGUGAGUUAGGACACUUUUCUCCAUCCUAGAGAUGGCGUCCCAAUACCCAUGAUUAAGCAGAAAAAGAAGCGAAAGAAAGGAUGCGAGACACUUCAUUUCAACCCUCUUUUCUGGACCGCGAUGUUUAUUCUUCGUUCGAAAUGAGUUAGGAUUUAUAUUAUUUCUUUUUGAGUCAUUCAUAUGUCUGGAUCAUUGACUUUCUACUGGAGGUUCGGAUAAGGUGUUGGUGCCUCCUCUCCAUCCAUCCAUCCAUCCAUUCAUCCAUCCAUCUAACGCAGGGACGGGGUGAGGAAGGUGGAGGGGCCGCGGCGAUGGCUGCUGGGGGAGGUGGAGGAGGAUGCGGGGAAUCGGUGGAUCAUUACCGGGAGGAGGUGGAUCGGCUGACCCGCGAGCUCGUGGAGGCGAACCGGGAGAAAGUCCGGGCGGCGGAGUGCGGUCUGGUGGUGCUGGAGGAAAACCAGACCCUCAAACAGCAGUAUGCGGAGCUGGAGGCCGAGCAGGAGACCUUAAGACAGGAGCUGGAGCAACUGCACGAGGCCUUCAGCCAGGUGUACACCACCCAGAGGAAGGUGGCUGAAGAUGGGGAGACGAACGAGGAGACGCUGCUGCAGGAGUCGGCCACUAAGGAGGCAUACUACAUGGGCCGCCUGCUGGAGCAGCAAGCCGAAUUGAAGAACAGCCGAUCUCAAGCAUCCAGCACACAUGUGGAGAACGAGAGACUUACAGCUAUCCUGCAGGAACUCAGAGAGUGUAAUGAGAUGUUGGAGCUACAGAGGAAUCGGAUGAGAGAGGAGAUCAGAGAGUAUAAAUUCAGAGAGGCCCGACUCCUGCAGGACUACACUGAACUGGAAGAAGAGAACAUCUCGCUGCAGAAACUGGUUUCCACGCUCAAACAGAACCAGGUGGAAUAUGAAGGCUUGAAGCACGAAAUCAAAGUUCUGGAGGAGGAGACAGCCCUGCUCAACAGCCAAUUAGAAGAUGCGCUGCGCUUGAAGGACAUCUCCCAGAGCCAGUUGGAGGAGGCCUUGGAAGCUCUGAAAGGCGAGCGAGAGCUUAAGAAAACCCUGAGGAAGGAAUUAGCUCAUCAUCUUACCAUGUGCGAUGGGCCUUUCAGUUCAGGCUGUGCCCAUCUGUUCGCCUUGAGCUCAGCGCCUCCUAGUGGCUGUGCCACCCCGACAGCUGCAACCUCGCCCAGCAGUGAGGAUGGGAGCAAAUGCAACGGGCAUCUGCUCCAGGGUGCGACUGGUUCGACGCUAAAUCGACUGAAUGGAGAAUUUAGGACAUCGGCUUUGAGGAAGAGUGAAAUUUUAACCCCUGACCUCUUCAGUGAGCUCAAUGGACCAGAGAUCCAGAAACUCAAACAGCAACUCCAACAGAUCGAGCGGGAAAAAGCAUCUUUGGUAAACAGCUUGCAGGAAUCACAGGCCCUGCUCCGACACACACAGGGGGCCCUUACGGAACAGCACGAGAGGGCCUGUCGCCUGGGUGAGCGAUUCCGAAAACUCCGUCGCCGCAAGGAAAACAAGGAGGAAGAUGAAGAUGAAGAGGAGGAGACCACGUUUAUCCCAGGGGACCAGGAGAGUCCCAGUUUGGAGUUGAUGCAGUGUAAAUACAGGGUUGCAUUAACAGAGGUGGUUGGACUGAAGGCGGAGCUUAAGGAGGUCAAAGAAAAAUUUAACGAGUGUGUGGAGGCGAGAGCGCGGGCUGAAGAGCAAGGCCAGGCGCAAUUGCAGGCGCUGGAAAAUCAGGUGGUGCAGUUGGAGCGCAGCUGCAGGGAUGGCCGGGAAAAGGUAGUGCAUCUUGAACGUGAGCUGCAGGCAGCCAAUAACACGGCGCUGGAAACCCAUGGAAUUCUCGGUAUGGCGCAUGACGAGCUGGCGACAUUUAGCGAAGAAUUAGCGCAACUUUACCACCACGUCUGCCUGUGCAACAAUGAGACACCCAAUCGUGUUAUGCUGGACUACUACCGGCAGGGCAGGACCCCAACGCGCAUGUCAAGCGCUGGUCUCAAGGUGCAAGACGAUAACAGAGCGCUGUUGACGCCACGGCUAGCACGGCGUUUAGCGGCUAUUAAUGCCGCAACGUCAGAGUCGCGUAGCCCAUCCGACUCACCAUCCAAAGAACCCCUCACCGCAGAGCAGAGCCCGGUCCGUACGCCACUAGGCUCGCCCGUCAUUAGUGCCUCUUCCUCAUCGUCAUCUUCAUCCCCAGCACCCGAGUCGUCCACGGGUUCUGACCUGCGCCGCGAGCCUACCAACAUAUACCACCUCAACGCCAUCAUUCGGGAUCAGAUCAAUCAUCUCCAGAAGGCAGUGGACCGUUCGCUACAGCUAUCCCGCCAGAGAGCGGCAGCUAGUGAGCUCGCUCCAUUGAUGGACAAGGACAAGGAGGCCUGUAUGGAGGAAAUUCUUAAACUCAAAUCCCUCCUGAGCACCAAGAGAGAGCAGAUCGCAACAUUGCGUCUUUUACUCAAAGCCAACAAGCAGACGGCUGAGGGGGCCCUCGCCAACCUGAAGAGUAAAUACGAGAAUGAGAAGACCAUGGUGACAGAGACCAUGAUGAAGCUGAGGAACGAGUUGAAAGCCUUGAAAGAGGAUGCGGCGACCUUCUCUUCCCUCAGAGCCAUGUUCGCCACACGAUGUGAUGAGUAUGUUACUCAGUUAGACGAGAUGCAGAGACAGCUUGCGGCAGCAGAAGAUGAGAAAAAGACGUUGAACUCUCUCCUUCGCAUGGCCAUCCAACAAAAACUCGCACUCACCCAGAGACUAGAAGAACUGGAGGUUGACCAGGAGCAGUCUCACUGUACACGAGUGGGCAAGACAUCCAGACUGCGGACCACCACGCCCAAAAUAGUCAGCAGCCUCCUGCAACAUUGCCACAACUCUACAAAAAAGUAAAUACGCCGGGCCCCUUUAGCCCACAGGUGGAUUGUAAUGAGGUUCCUUCCUCCCCGACUCCAUAUCAGAGGCAAUGCUUGGAUUUUACACAUCAGGAGUGUCUCACACUGCCUUACCGUACCAACCGCAGCGCCGCCCUGACACUGAGGCGAAAGCGAUACUCACAGAGCACUGUGAGCUGUACACACGCCAUGAUGUGGGGAGAAGGACACAAGCCAAAGAGGCCCAGUAUGCACGUGUGAUCACAUGACACUCUGACAUCAUGAUUACUUCAUAGGUGUUUGAUUUGUGUCAUUGUCCAGCAGCUUUUUGCCUUUGACACUUCUUUACACACUACUGAAAGAGUUGAUGUUUCACAGUUUUGUCAGCUGAAUGUGAUAUCUUACAAUCAUUGAUGCGGUGUUAUAGAAAAUGUUUGGUGAAAUUAAUAGUAGAGCAUGGGGAUGUUUUUAGCAAAGAUAAAAACUUACAAAUACUGAUACUAGUAAUAAUUAAAUAGAUUAAUGAAUUUGUAGAGAAUGCACUUUUAUUAAAUACAAUGUUAAAGGAACGUUCUUGUUUUAAUGCAAGUCAAGCCCUUGCAACAAUAUUUGUGACAUGCUGUCAAUUACAACCAAAUAAUUGAUAAUUCCUUCAUCAGUUUGUAAAAAAUAAAUAAAAAUGCAUUUACAGCUAUAGCCAACACUUAGAAUGGAAGUCUAUGGGGCAAACAUUGCACCAGGAUAAAUGUUAAAAACACACCGUUUCGAAAGUAUUGCCACUAGACUAGAUUUUACAUGUUAACUUAAGACUUGUGUGGUAAAACCACUUACCAAGUGUGCCAUAUUUAAAAGGGACUGUUUGAUUAUAGAAAGGGAAUUAUAUUAGUUGCAUGUUCAUCCUCCUUGAAAAGUAGUUCCACCACUGAAAGAUGAUUUAGACAACUUUACAGCUCAAUAACAAAGACUUGAAACCCUCUGGAACGUCUUGCCCCAUAGACUUCCAUUGUAAGUGCAUUACUAUAAAUGCCAUUUCGGUUCUGUUGAUAGAGCUUAACUUGGAUUAAACCCAGCCCAUUUCUUAAAAACCUGUGGGCUAAAUGUACCAAAGCCUUUAAACACCAGUUAAACAGAGUUGGGAAACGAUUGAAGACUGCACAUGUAAAUGAAAAGACCAUCCAAGAUGAAGUAAUCUUGAUUAUUUAUCCUAUUCUAAGCCUUUCUGUCAAAACCCUGCAGAUUAUAUCCAUUGAAUACCAUAAACUACCUCUCUGUAAAUGUGUUGCUGAUGAAUAUACACGUCUUUCACCUGACAGGAAUGUUGCAUGCAUGAAUAUCACUCUUGCUAUACUCUACCAUUGAUCCCAGCAGUUAUCUCAGCUGCAAGCACAAACACAAACUCAGACCAGAGCAUUCAAGUGCUGUCGGUAGUUGGUUGAAUGUUAAUCUCAACUUCCCUAAACUCUAAUGUCUUAACCUGCUGUUCCAAACACACUGGACUGAUAGUAAAAGUGUGGACAAUCCUUUGGGAAUGGACCAGUCGUGCUCUAGUGUACAGAUCCAUCCAUUCAACAGUGAAUUCAUCCAAAGUAUACCUACCCUGGGGUGUAUUGCUUUUGUUUUAAUGUCAAUUUUGCAUUCUUGACCAUUUGUGUAUGGCACCGCACUCUGUUAGCUUAAUUCAUAAUAUAAAAAUGACAAAAUUGAAAACUGAAUUUAUCACUGAACCAUUGAAAUACAGGUGGAGUCUUCUUUGUGAACAGCAAUAAAGCAUA